CGCAUCCCUCACACCUCAAACGCAAACCAAACAAACACCAGGGGUAUUUCCUAUAAUUCACACACAACCAUACGGUGUCGUUUCUUCCUUUUAUUCCUUUCCCGCACCAACCAAAAAAAAAAAAGUUAACCCUAGCUUUUCCGUUUUCGUCUUUAGCCGCGUUUUUUUUUCCGAUCUUGAUUUCUUUUCCUUUCUCCCUCGAUUCCUCCCCCAAUUUUGCCGCCAUCCCUCCAAUCGACCCGCCCUUCGCCUAUUUCUUCAUUUUCUGCGCCGACCGGUCCCAAUUUUGGCCUUAUCGCUUGACGGGAUCCGUUUUUAGGGUUUCCGUGGAGGAAUAUUCUGGAUCUGUUUUUCACCUUACGGGAUCUGGAAGGGGAAAUUUUUCUAUUCGAUUUGGGUUCUGGGUCUUUGUUGUCUCGUUCGUUUUCUGCGGUUUUUGUAAAUUAUUUUCGACGCAUGUUUGAUUUGGGUGCGAUCCUUCUGAAACCUGGUCUGGGUUGUUAGAUCUUGUGUCGGGUAAUUCGGUUCGGUUCGAAUCGUAAUACUUGUCCGUCGUUCUAGCUGGAUUUGGAAAGAUCUAGGGUUAGGGUUUUCUCAAAUUGGGGCUUUUUGUUGUUUUGCUUAAUUCCUUUAGGGAAACUUCAAUUCCUUGAACAAUUAGGAUUCUCCUGUUUGAUUACGUUCAAUUAGAGCUCUCAAUUGUCCGAUUCAUCCCUGCAUAUAAUUUGAAGGAGACUGGUGUAAGGUAAUCAUGGUGCAGAAGCGUUCUUUUGAUGCUGAUGAAAUACUUGAGGGAUCUUUCAAACACCCAAAACAUGCAGGACCCAGCCAUGAGCUCUUUUCAUUAUCAGAAUCUGUCUUUCCCGAUGAUGAUUACCAUACCCAAAUGCCAAAACCUUCGGAGGAUGGCUGUACACAAGUUAAUAGUGAAGGUGUUGAGAAGGUCGAAAGUGGAAGUUUUGGUGAACUUGCUAUAGAGGCUGGGAACUCUGGAACAAGCUUUCCUGUUAUAGAUAUUCCUGCUUCUUCAUGGGCCACUAGUAGCACAGCUGAUGAUCUCCAUCUAGAACCACCCUUACAUCUUUCCCUUUUUCCAGAGUAUUUUAGUCCAGAGCGACCAAUAAGGACACUGACUCGCUAUGAGGACAUUUAUUCCAUACUUCUGGAACACUCUCCUCGCAAACCUGUAUCUGUUGGAGCUAAUCAUCAAGCCGAUGUUCCAGCUUGGGAUUUUUUGGGGGCCAGUAAUAGAUCAAAUGCCUCAGCUUCUGUUUCAGAUACAGACUUUACUGUUGGGGACAGGGAAGAAACUGAGGAAAGACUGUUGGGGACCUGUGUCAUUCCCUUGCCGCAAAUGGAAUUAUCUAGUAAUGACGAUGAAGUUGGCAAGGGAAGAACUGAGUGUGACUGUGAAGAUCAGGGAUCCAUGAGAUGUGUUAGACAACAUAUUGCAGAAGAAAGAGAUAAACUUGUAAAAACCUUUGGGCCUGAGAAAUUCACUGAAUUGGGCUUCACUAACAUGGGGGAACAAGUGGCAGAAAAAUGGAGUGCUGAGGAUGAGCAAUUAUUUCAUGAGGUUGUUUUCAAUAAUCCAGCAUCCCUUGACAAGAAUUUCUGGAACUAUCUUUCUAUUGCUUUUCCUUCACGAACCAAAAAGGAAAUAGUGAGUUACUACUUUAAUGUCUUUAUGCUUCGAAGGAGGGCAGAACAGAACAGGAAUGACCUAUUAAACAUUGACAGUGAUAAUGAUGAAUGGCAAGGUAGUGACAGCAAUGAUAUUGCAACUCGAGAGGAAGAUGAGGACUCUGUUGCUGAGUCCCCGGUAUGUCAAGAUGAGUCUUGUAUGGCUGACUGCCUAGAUAAUGAUUUGCAAACCUAUGAUGAGUAUGCUGCUGAUGAACCCUGUGAAGCUAAUGAAACAGUGGAUUUUAUUACUAGUAGGAACAUUGAUGAUGAUUCCAAAUACGAUCCUGUAGAAGAGAUGCCUCACUCUGGUGGUUCCCCUCUAAUUCAACCUCAGGAUCAACCUGUUUGGCAGGAUUCGUGUGAUGAAAAAGUUAAAGAUGAUUCAUGCACUUCUUCCGACGCAGGAGUUGCCUCACGGCAGACUAAGGUGAAUACGGAAAAUGGGGAUCAUUGGUGUGGUAACUAUAAUGGAGUAAGCAAUGGUUACAACCAAGGAUAUGUUUUGGAGCCUUGUGAUGCAAAAGUGUGGGAUACUGGCUUUGUGUCAUGCUCUAAGAAUAAGAUUGACUUUUUACCAACAUGCAACAUGAUAGAAGAGGUUUUUGGUGAUGGACGAAGGCAAGACAUGAGAAGAGCUUGAAGUGGAUCUCAGUUUGCUAAGUGUGAUGGCACUUCGAUUUUUCCUUUGUAUAUUUGACAUAAGAUUCAAAAAGUAGCCUUCAUUGUAAAAUAGUGUUUUGGAAGGUAAUUUAAUCUUUCUGAGUUAUGUCGUCUCA